CUCCACCCCAAUGCCUUGCACAGGGUGGUGGUGGUAAAUCUCUUCCAUUUCUGGUGAUCUUUUUAGAUGGAGAUACAGGAAAUUGAGUAAUAGUGGUAGUGCUUUUUAAGAGUAAAUGCUUGAUUUUUACAAGAGCUCAGUGUGCAGUACACCAGAGGUGAGGAACCUGUAGCCCUCCAGAUAUUGCUGGAAUCCAUCCCUGCACCCUUUAUCAUCCUGGAUAGAACUUCUAAGAAUUACAGUUUUCAGUAUGGGGAGGGCCACUGGCUCAUCACUCCUGCAUUACUCUGGCUGGCUGUUCACCUCUGAAUUGGGACUCUCUUUUAAAGCUGAAGAACAAAACUUGGGGCUGAAGGAGCAUCUCUUCUGAUCCCAAUGUGUCCAUGUCUUCAAUCUUCACUUGAGGCCCUUCCCCAAAUGCUCUUGCUAGGAGAAGAAUGCUUUGUGCUAUCUAUGAUGGUGCUCCAAAGUGAGGAUUGUCAGACACCAAUCUGAGGAUAAUUUGGGCACCAUCUUAAAAUGAAACACUUCUGGCCCAGGCAGUGGUGUUUGUCUUCAGUUUUUAUUAUUAAAGGGUCACUGCUGUCUUUUAGAUUGUUCAGCUGUUGCCAAAAUGUUGCUGCUUAAUUGCCUUAUUAUGUUUUGCUAGGUUUGUGCCCAGGCUGUAUUGUUCUCAGAAGUGACUGGAUGAAGGGAGAUCGGGGAAUAUGUUAAAUCAGAGGGGAUGGGAUCCUAUGAAUGGGAAGAGCUCCUCAGUUAUCUUAAUCAACAAACACAUCAAGAGGGACAUCUGCACAUCUAAAAUAGGCAUUUUUCAGGUUUUGAGAGGAAAAGCUGGAAAUGUUCUACUUCUUGUUCCUCGGAGAUUUUUAAGUACCACAUUCAAGGCCUCAGAUCUCCAGAUUGAACUGAGCAAGCAUCUAAAGCCCAAACCAGAUUCCAGCAAGCUGGUCUUUGGGAAGAAUUUCACUGACCAUAUGUUCACUGUGGAGUGGAAUAAUGAAAAAGGUUGGGGAAAGCCACACAUCAAGCCUUUCCAGAAUCUCUCUUUGCACCCAGCCUCUUCAGCCCUGCAUUAUUCAGUGGAGCUUUUUGAAGGAAUGAAAGCUUUCCGGGGCUCUGAUGAGCGUAUCUGGCUUUUUCGUCCCAUGCUGAACAUGGAUCGCAUGUUACGAUCCUCUCGCCGAGCUUGCUUGCCUGACUUUGAUCGGUCUGAAUUACUUGAGUGCAUCCGGCAGCUGAUCCGGGUGGACCAAGACUGGGUCCCACACUCCGACACGGCCAGUCUCUACAUCCGCCCCAUCUUCAUUGGCACUGAGCCUUCUUUGGGGGUCUCCAUUUCCAAUCAUGCACUGCUCUUUGUGAUCUUGGGCCCUGUGGGCCCUUAUUUUACCACUGGCAGCUUCAGUCCUGUUUCCCUCCUGGCUGAUCCCCAAUUUGUCCGUGCCUGGAUGGGCGGCGUUGGCAAUUGCAAAGUAGGCGGCAACUAUGGCCCCACCAUCUACGUGCAAGCAGAGGCCGCCAAACUGGGUUGUCAGCAGGUUUUGUGGCUCUAUGGAGAUGACCACCAAAUCACUGAAGUUGGGACCAUGAAUAUUUUCAUGUUUUGGAAGGACCAACAGGGAGAUACGGAGCUGGUCACCCCUCCACUUAAUGGAAUCAUCUUGCCUGGUGUGAUACGGCAAAGCCUUCUUGAUUUGGCCCGCAAAUGGGGGGAAUUCAAGGUUUCUGAGAAAGUAAUCACAAUGUCUGACCUGAUUAAAGGCUUGGAAGAGAAGAGAGUGAAGGAAGUCUUUGGCUCAGGCACAGCCUGCGUUGUGUGUCCUGUGGACAGAAUUCUCUAUCAGGGCAAGGAUUAUCAUAUCCCCACAAUGGAAAAUGGUCCUGAGAUUGCAAAACGAUUUCUGAAGGAGCUGACAGAUAUUCAGUAUGGACGCAUCGCCAGUGACUGGGUCCAGGCAGUCUGAUGAAGACUACUUCUCCUGCUCCUGUUCGGCUUCUCUCUUUACCACAGUUGUAUUUAUAAUAGGGUUCUAUAGCUUUUCCAAUUUUGCCUUCCAUUUUGUCAGAGUUUGGAUGGACUGCCUGCCUGGCUUGAGAGAACCACAGUUUCCCAAAACAUUUUAUGGCUGUGAAACACACUCCACAACGGGAAGGCCCCGGGCUCAGAAGAAUACCAGAUAAACCUCUUUGUGAUGGAAAUGAAGCAUCGAGUGUCAAGUGGCUUCCUCUGCUUCUCUCUCUCAGCUCCAAAACUCAGCUGCUUUUUGCUUUCAUGUGCAAUAUUGAGAGAGAGUGGGAGAAAAAGAGGGAAUCUGAAUGUGGGGUGUCUGCAGAGCUCUUAUACUCCAUGUGCAUGUUUGCCUUUUUAAAAAAAAAAUAGUUGCUUGGAUUCAUGUAGAAACACGUGUAAAAAAAAUGUAAUCUAAAUCAUAUUGCUCUUAUAAAAGUUUUCAUUUUGGUA